CAGCCCCUCCAAAACAUGCGAGCCAGGAGUAAUAUAGAGGCAGAGCUUCUUUAACGGCAGCUUAAAUCGGCUAUCAUCGCAAGACCUCCGAUAUGAUCGGAAGCCAUCAGCAACCGGGCCUCUCGCCAACAUUACCAUCGCCCAUGGGCCUCCGAAGUCGACUCUUGAACCAGGAAUUGCCCGUAGCUUCAUUAGCGGACCAAUUCAAUUUCCAGUCGGAAGCAAUUUUUACAACCAACACGAAGGCCCAGCUCUGGGAUAUGAACAUUCCUGGGAAGCAAGACGACAUCCUGGACAACACCGCCUUGAGGGCAAAGCUCGCGCACUAUGAAUCUUUCUGGGAGAGCGACCCCAAGGGAACAAAAAUAGCAACUCCCAUACCAAAUCUGGUCCUUGUCACAGUUCUCGGAGAAGUCAUUCACGGGAGGUCUGCGCCAGCUACUUUCCAAAUCCGACGCGAUACUCUGCAAUACCUCAUCGAGGUAACAGGCUUCGGAAGCGCAACCACACAAAAGUUUCUCACCACUCUCGCGCCCUAUGUCCAUUCUUACCUUCAAUAUGAUGACGAUGAUGAGAUGCCUACAUAUAUGACUCUUGUUUUUCGCUGCCCAAAGAACAGCAAUUGCGUGGUCGGCACCAUCCGGGUCCAGUUGGCAACUCGAAAUUGUUUCACCUUUCUUAUCUGCAAUGAUGUCAGGGACAUUCAAUCGAUCCGUUCAUAUUGCGCAACCAAUACCGACCUCCUCAAAAUACACCCGCUCUACCUGCUCUCGUUUGUCUACGAAAGCCGAUAUCACGCGUGGAUGAAUUGGUUCGCGAAACUCUGGAGGGAAGUUGUCGAAGUCGAGACUGUGACCAAUACCUCUGGCCCGCAAUGGAAAACGCGGGAAAUGGACGCCGAGCGCUUCAAGGCCCUGUCUAAGGCCGAUUUCCUCCUCAACCAAAUUCACUCAACCCAUGUAGAGGUAUGUCAUGGCCAGACAGUUAUGUUAUUUGCAGCAAAGUUUGGGAAAUUCUGUUCCGAAGUCCUUAUAGAGAUGGAAAAAAGGCGGCAGGAUCUUGGGUACAGUAAACUAUCGAUGCGCCAUCGCUCUGGCCUGUUGGACUCGUUCGAUUCAACCCUUGUACGAUGUGACUUCGUGGCGGACAGGAUGGCGGAGCUGAGCAAUAGACUAACACAGAAUAUCAAUGUGUCGUAUCAACUUAUCGCUCAGAAGGACAGCAAAACCAAUCUGGCUAUCGCAGCACUCACAGCACGCGAUAGCCAAACAGUAAAGGGCAUCGCCAUCUUGACGUUAUUGUUCCUUCCCUCCACCCUGGUCGCAGUAUGUCUCAAAAUGCUUUCCGCUCGUUCCCCACUAUUGCUGGUGACUGAAGCAGAUGCGAAGUAUCAUAGCUGAUAUUAGCGCAGACACUGUGGACAACAAACCUGUUUAAACUCGAGGGCGACGAAAACUGGCAGGUAUACGUUGGUACAUCGUUGCUUUUGACGAUGGUUGUGUUCAUAUGUUGGUGGACCUACGGUCGAGUCUCUCGUGGGCGUGAGGACGGGGCAGCAGAUCACCUGAGCCUCUACUCUCCUGGGUAGGUAGCAUCUCUGACAUGGGGGGAGUUGGAAGAAAUGACUGGAGCUUUGAUACAUGGGUUUCUAUUCAGCCCUUUCCUCAAUUAAAUUUCUGGAUGGUGUUUCUAAUUGUAAAUAAAUAAUCACGACGACAGGGUCCGAUUUGUUAUGCUGAUGUUUGCGGCGGAUUGAUACCAUUGCGUU